AUGUCAAAAAAAAAAUUGCGAAUUCUGUGGAUCGAACACAGGACCUUCAGAUUAACUGGACUGAAGUUGACUUCAGUCUGA